GAGCGACGCCAGCCCCGGACCCCGCCGGAUGACCAGAUCGGGACACCAUUGGGUGACCACCCCGGGCGCAGAGUGACCGGUCCCGGAUGUCGCUGGCCCUGGACGCUGGUCGAACGGCCCCGGAUGCGGGCCACUGGGCCUGGACGCUACUGGCCCCGGCCGGAGGGUGACUGGCACCGGACGCUGGGUGACCGGCCCUGGGAGUCAGGUGGGUGUGGGCUUUAUCCCCGCAUUGUUCCGCCCAAGCUUGGUGUGAGCCUCGGGGCAGGGCACUGCCAGGCUGGGACCCCCAGGCUGUGCCGUCACCGGCCUCCGGAAGAGGCAUCCCUAAAAUGGGGGGGUUGGUGAAGGGCACAGUCCGGGGAGCGGGGGACUCAGGUUGGGGCGGAAUGACCUUCCUGGCAGCCGCUCCUGCCCCUGGGCUGAUGGGGGGCAAAGGGGCAGCGUCUGGGCUGGUGAGCCCAUGGUCCUGUGCCUUCCUAUAAAGUCGUCUCAGCCUCUCCGUGGCCCGAUUUUUCUCGCCUCCCGCAGCCCGCACCCUCCAAAUCCCCACUCCUCACCUCACACCGGCUUCCGACCGGGGCUCCCGCUCCCACCCCAAGUCCCGCCCUGUCACUUACCUCGGCCCAUAGCGGGGUGGGGCACAGAGGCACCUGGCCAGUCAGACCAGCUGCGGCUUCGGGGUGGGUGCCGGCCCUGUCAUUAAGCCGACGGAGCGUGGGGCGGUGGCAAUGUCGUCCGACGGGCACGGGCCGGGCUUUACCGGCCCGGAUCUUCCUGUCGGACGGGUGGGAAGGGGUUAUGCAAUAGCCUCGCCGGGGGUUCAGCGGCUCCCGCGGCCUCUUCCGGGCCCCGGGCACCUUGGCACCCCGAGGAGCCGGAAUGGGGUCAGGCCCCCGUGACAGGCGGGAGGGAAGAGGACUGGAGCCCCACGCUUCCGGCUCCCGCCCCGGCCCAGCCGCCUCCCCCGUUGCCACGAUGGGAAGCCGGGCUUCCCCAGGUGGGCGUGGGCUUGGGCAGGGCCGGGCAAGAUCGGGGAAGAGAGGCCAAAGGAGGAGUUCCGAGCCAGCUGUGCCAGUCCCUCUUCUGGCCAAGGCACCUGAUCCUCGGGGUUGCUGGGACUGCGCUCUGCCCAGCGGUCCAGGACUAGCAGCCCCAUGGCUCCGGCCCCUGCCUUCGCCCCGCAGCCCGAGGUUGCGGAAAGCAGCCUGCUGUCCGUCCGGGUUCUGCGGGCCCACGGCUUCCCCUCCAGGGACCUGUUGAGCCCCUCCGACUGCUACGUCUGCCUGUGGCUGCCCACGGCCACGAGCCAGGAGCUCCGCACGCGGACCGUCAGGAACUGCAGCUGCCCCGUCUGGAACCAGACUUUCCGCUUCCGCAUCCAGGGCCUGCUGAAGAACGUGCUGGAGCUGAAGGUUUUUGACCGGGACCAGCUGAGCGUUGACGACCUGCUCUUCUCGGUGCUGUUUGACGUGGGGACCCUGCGGGCCGGGGAGACCCGGCUGGAGAGCUUCACCCUCAACCCGCAGGGCCCGGAGCGGCUGGAUGUGGAGUUCCACCUGCGGAGGCUCCCAGAACCUCCAGAGCAACUCCUCACAAACGGGGUCCUCGUGGCCCGGGAGCUCUGCAGCCUGGACGUGUGCAUGGAGAAGGCCAGCGCUGCCACCUUAGGGUCCAGCAACGGUGAGGGGGUCGAGCUGUCUGUGGUGGGCUCCUACGAGGGCAACCAGAAGGUCAGUGUGCACGCUGGCCCCGUCUCUUUCCACUGUCCCUCGUACUGGGACCCAGAACUGACCAUCCAUCUCCAGAACGCAGCCCAGGAGCCCCUCCGGGUCCCCCUGCGGACCCUGCCUCCGAACCAGCCGGUCAAGGUCGCCUUCCCCUCAGCCCAGGAGACCCCGCUGGAGCUGAAGCUGAAGGCCGAGGAAGUCCCCGGGGAGCUCUCCAUGCGCCUGGGCUUCGGGCCGUGCGCGGGGGAGCAGGCCUUCCUCGGCCAGAGGAAGCAAGUGGUGGCCAAGGCCCUGAAGCGCCUUCUGCAGCUGGAGGAGGAUCUGCCCGAGGACCAGGUGCCAGUGGUGGCCGUCAUGGCGAAUGGCGGUGGGAUUCGGGCGAUGACAGCCCUGUUGGGUCAGCUGUCCGGCCUGCAGCAGUUGGGUCUCCUGGACUGCGUCACCUACAUCACAGGGGCCUCAGGCUCCACCUGGGCCAUGGCUGACCUCUACGAGGACCCGGACUGGUCCCGGAAGGACCUGGCGGGGCCCAUCGCGAUGGCACGGGCGCGGGUGACGAGGAGCAAGUUGGGGGUGUUGGCCCCUGAGAGGUUGUGGCAAUACCAGCGGGAGCUGAGGGAACGGGCAGAGCAGGGGCACCCCUCCUGCUUCACGGACCUAUGGUGUCUGCUCAAUGAGGCCCUGCUGCAUGACCAGCCCCACCACCGCACCCUGUCAGAGCAGCGGAAGGCACUGAGUCGGGGCCAAAACCCUCUGCCCAUCUACUGUGCCCUCAACACCAAGGACAGACGGCUGAACACCUUCGAGUUCGGAGAGUGGGUGGAGUUCACGCCCUACGAGGUGGGCUUCCCCAAGUACGGCGCCUUUAUACCCCCCGAGCUCUUCGGCUCCGAGUUCUUCAUGGGGCGGCUGAUGAAGCGGCUGCCCGAGUCCCGGAUCUGCUUCCUGGAAGGCAUCUGGAGCAACCUGUUCGCCGCUAACCUGGAGGACAGCCUCUACUGGACCUCAGACCCCGCCCAGUUCUGGGACCGCUGGGCCCAGGCUCGGGCCAGCUUAGACAAGGAGGUGAUCCCCUACUCGCGGCUGGAGGAACCACCUACGGCCACGGUGGCCGGCCGGAUCGCGGAGGUGUUCAAGGGCCUCCUGACCCGCCGCCCGCUCGUGGGGUCCACCCCUAACUUCCUGCGCGGCCUAGAGUUCCAUCGCAACUACUUCGAGAACCCCAACUUCUCCGCCUGGAAAGACACCAUUCUGGACGCCCUCCCCAACCAGCUGACUCCCUCCGAGCGCUACCUCUGCCUGUUGGACGUGGGCUACUUUGUGAAUACCAGCUGUCUUCCGUUGCUGCCCCCGGACCGGGACGUGGACCUCAUCCUCUCGUUCGACUACAGCCUCGACGGGGCCUUCCAGCAGCUGGAGCUGGUGGGCCGCUACUGCCGCGAACAGAGCAUCCCGUUCCCCGCCAUCACGCCAACCCCCGAGGAGUUGCUCCGGCCCCAGGAGUGCCACAUCUUCUCGGACCCUGCCCGCCCGGACGCCCCCGUCGUGCUGCACUUCCCCCUGGUCAGCGACUCCUUCCGCCACUACUCGGUCCCCGGGGUGCGGCGAGGGCCCGCGGAGGAGACGGGCGGGGAGCUGAACCUGGCCGCGGUCGGCUCUCCCUACCACUACACCCAGCUGACCUACAGCGAGGAGGACGCCGACAAGCUGCUCGGCCUGGCUCGGUACAACAUCUGCAAUAAUCAAGAGCAGAUCCUGGAGGGCCUGAGAGAGGCGGUGGAGCGGCGGCGGCGGCGGCGACGGCCCCGGCCGGCUCCGGAGUAGGAGAGCGGGGGAGCAUUGGGGGGCAGACCUCUGGCCCCGGGGGUGUGGUUAACAUGGUAACGGUGCAGACUUCC